AUGCAAAAACGUUCAUUGUUGAGAACAUGUUCAAAAUUCACAAUGAUCAGGAGUGUGUUACAUGUUGUUAAUUGUUCUUAUUUUUUGUUACCUUACCAUCCUGUGAACUUGUUGAAUUUUUUGUACAGAAUGGGUGAUCAAUCUUUUGAACAACUCAUAGGAACUGCUGCAAGUGUUUCUUCGAUAGGCCCAAUAGCACCUGGAUUGAUAUGCAAAAAUAUCUUGAAAAACAAGUCAGCCAAAUACGUUCCUCCCUUUGUAUUCACACAACACAUAGCAAGGUGUCUACUCCAGGUCCAGCAAGGAUUACUUCUUGGAGCAACUCCUUUAAUAUUGACUUACGGUGUGGGCGUCUUCCUUGGCUUGAUUUAUAUAGCAAUUUAUGCCAAGUAUACUGAGAACAAGGUGAGUGUUAUACUAAGAUUUCAUGGAGCGAUCCGUGGUCUAGUGGAUAGAGAGAGCUUGCUUAGCAGCAUAGAGAUCCCGGGUUCGAACCCUCUCACAACCAAAAGUUUUUUAACCAGAUCACUCCCGUGUUAUCGGGUGGGCAAGUUAAACUGUUUGGAGUAA